CUGCAAGUUAGUUAAACAGCCGCCAGUAACUAUGAGGCUGAGCUCCGCCAAGGCUGUUUCUGUUUCAAGACAACGAGGGCUCUUUUUAAACGUCUUCUUUUCCUCUUGAAACAUAUCUACGCGGCCAACCCCGAAGAAGAAGAGGGGAAAAGCAAUAGAUAUACCCCGAGAUGAUGAAACAUCGUACACAAUGAUGAAAUCUUUAUCAAGUAUCAUCUUUCUGCUCGUUAUCAUCACCCUUUCUGCUCCUCUCGCAUCUGCCGGCGAAGCCGAAAGCGGCUGCCCAAUUCUCUCCACCCCCAGUUAUGGCACAGAAAACGCGAUAUUCACUGCCUGUGCCAACACGACCAUCCACGCACCAGCUUCUCUCGUCUACAGCAUCCUCACUGAUUUCGACAAUUACCAUUCAUGGAAUACCUUUGUGAUAGACGUUAAGCUGCUCACCCCGCCUCCCUACCAGCCGGGGUCGCACAUGCGCUUUACCAAUGCGGGCCUCUUCCCACCCACGGACGUCAAGGCUACGAGCUACGAGAUCAUUACUAGUCUCUCGGACCAAGAGACCACUGCCGUUUGGCGCUAUGAUAGCCCGGCACCGGCGCUUGUGCUUGCUGAGCAUGUGUCCCAGGUUGUGUCUGUUGAUGAAAACACGGCGUGGUAUAAUAGUUGGGAGACGUAUUAUCAGGUUCUUGGAGGAGUAGCGGUUGAGAUGACAUUGGGGAAACAACUCGUGAAUGCAUUUGAGGUCCAGGCGGGCGAUUUGAAGAACAGAGCGGAGAGUUUGUCGUAGCAAAAGGGCGUUACAAUCUGACUUCUCGAUAGGCUUAUGAAUAUAACCAGACAAGAUACGGAGAUAUUUUCGUUGGAAAGACAUAGUUAGAUAGGGAUUCACUUGAGUUCAACCAUGGACCUCGGGCGGUUCAAAAGCCGCCUCGUACCACGCGCGGACGAUCGGGAAACCCACUAAGAGGUAAAAGAUCUCCCACGACGAACAUUCAGAUUCAAGUAGAUGUCUCUCGAACCUGGUCUCCAUGAGAAAUGAUAUUUAUCGAAUAAAACACUAUAAACCAGACAAUAUGUCACCAGGAACAGAAACACAGGAAUUGGCACACUCAAGCACAGACGACUCCCUCGUCGUCUACGACGAUUCGUCUUCGCCUCUAAUUACGAAUCCCGAAGAGACUUCAUCGAACCAUAGAACCGCACCAUCUCAAGGCGUGUGCAG